AUGGCCACCCCCGCCAAGAAGACCGAGUGGCUCGUCGUCGUCCCCGACAAGGAGGGCGCCCACCAAAAGAGGCUCGAGGUCCGCCCCAAGCAUUUCGAGGGCAUUAAGAGCUUUGAGGAGUCUGGCCAAUUCAAGAUGGGUGGCGCUGUUCUUAACGAGGUCCCUAAGGAUGGCAAUCCCCAGAACUUUAGCUUCUACGGUAGCACCAUUAUCGUCGUUGCGGAUACCAAGGAAGAGGUUCUUGAUAUCCUCAAGAAGGACAUCUACACUGAGAGCGGGGUGUGGGACGUUGAAAAGGUAUAG